ACUGGGGAGGAGUGACUUCAGCAGGAACUGUGAACUGCGUACAACACGGCAGCUUAAAGUCCGGAGUUGUUCAUUCAUUUGGACUGCGUUCAUUCUGCAGGCAGGCUGCUGCACACCCAAACCAAUCCAGGCUCACUCACAUCAGUCGCGUCAUGGCCGAAGUGGACGAGUCUCAGUUUUCUAUCAUGAGUCUGGAGGAUGAGCUGACCUGCAGCAUCUGUCUGAGCACCUUUGACUGUCCGGUCACCAUCCCCUGCGGACACAACUUCUGCCAGGACUGCCUGCUCGCCACAUGGAAGGAGUCGUACAGCUGCCCUCAGUGUCGGACCCUGUUCGCCACCAGACCCGAGCUGAAGAAAAACACGGUCCUCACCGCCGUCGUGGAGACCUUUAAAGUGAGAUCGAGCAAGAGCGAACCCAACCUGGCUGCAGAGGAGAGCCAAGUGAAGAAAAAGGAGAUCAUCCGCUGUGAUAGCUGCAUGGAAGCAGAGGCGUCGAAGACCUGCCUCACCUGCAUGGCGUCUUACUGUGAGGAGCACCUGCGGCCUCACCGGGAAAAUCCCAUUUUCCGUCUGCACAGCCUGAGCGAGCCUGUCGGGGACCUGUUGGAUCGCAUCUGCCCCGACCACCACAAGCUGAUGGAGCUCUUCUGCAGCCAGCAUGAUCGGCCAAUCUGCAGCUUCUGCCUCCAGCAGGUCCACAAAGGAUGCUCCUUCACGACCCCUGAUGAACAAAGGAGCCGGAAAGAGUCUGACCUGAGGAGCAAGUUGGGUUUGCUGGAUGGGAAGAUUGUGAAAAAUGAGACCAUCAUAUUUGAAAUGAAGGACAUGCAGAACAAGCUAAAGGACUUGGCGACCAGCAGGAAGAGAGCUCUGACAGCUGAGUAUCAGCAGAUGAGGGAGAUGUUGGUCCAAGAUGAGCGCGAUGCUCUGAACGCAGUGGACCGAGAGGUGGAAACUGGUCAGACCAAACUCAGAGUUCUUAUGAAGAAGUUUGGUGACAACAUUGACAACAUGACGAAAGCUAAAGAAGAAAUCCACAGCCUGCUGAGUCGCUCUCAAACCCAGGCCUUCCUGCAGGCACCAUUUAACCUCCCCCAAGCUAUUAACUUUGAGCCUUACUCCCCUAAAAUCAGCCUGGACUCCAAGAAGGUUUUGGCAUCACAGGCCUUUGCUGCUGCCCUGAAGCAGCAUCUGACAGAGCUCUUCAAACAGCCCGUCGAGAGCCGACUACCGUUAAAUACACCAGAAGUUAACCCUGAUAUUUUGGCAGCUGGUUCAGCCGCGGGGUCUACACUGAGCUCUGGAAAUUUAUUGGAAUAUGAGGUGGAGUCCAGUCCAGGUCGCCCUAAACUCCCCAGGUCUCACAGUCCAGGUCCUCAGGCCAAAACAGGCCAGAAGAAAAAGACUCCAAAACCCAAACCAAAAAAUCCUCAGACCACUGGGGACGGUAUGGGAGAUAAAACUACUGACCGUUCGAUGGAAAACCUGUUGGAGUUUGGAGGGAAACCCAGAGGCCGUACUCCUGCAGCUGAACCUAAACAGAAACCAGAAACUACAGAUAUUCCCCCGGACAUAAGCACAGCUGAAAAGAGAUGUGAACUACUGAAAUAUGGCACAGUACUCACCUUCAAUCCAAGGACCGCCCAUAAACGCAUCGCGCUGACUGAGAACUUCACUAAGGCCUCCGUGUCAGACGAGCACAUAAACUACCCCGACUGCCCCGAACGCUUUGCUGUCUGCUCCCAGGUGCUCGCCUCCAAGGGUUUCUCUACAGGGCGCCAUUACUGGGAAGUGCGACUGAGCAGCAGUAACUUCGUUGGCAUAGGCUUGGCUUACAACAGCAUCGACCGCAAAGGCCCCACCAGUCGACUGGGCCGCAACGCCCAGUCCUGGUGCGUCGAGUGGUUUAAUGUCAAGUUGUCAGUCUGGCAUAACAGCAGCGAGACCGUGCUUGUUAAUCCAAAUCCAAAGCGCGUAGGUGUGCUGUUGGAUUGUGAGGCCGGCACAGCUACGUUCUACAACGUGGCUGACAGGGCAUAUCCCUUCCACUCCUUCAUGUUCCCCUUCGCUCAGGCUGUCUAUCCAGCAUUCUGGAUUUUCUCAAGUGGCUCCUCCAUUACUUUGUGCAAGCUGCAGUAAUGAGUUUGCAGUCAGCCAGUCGGCUCUUUGUUAAAGGUGCCCGGUGGAGUAUUCUUGUAAACACGUAACUGUUAUUGUCACUUUGUAACUAUACGUAACUGUAGAAUAUUCAUCAAAUUUUUUGAGGUCCAAAGGUCUAAAAGUGCAGGAAAAAAGUGUUGCAAAGCUAAUUUAUUAAAAUUGAUUACUUAAUUAACAAGGUAAUUAUUAUGGUUAACAACCUGCUUUCUACUUAACUGCAUCUGUAGGUGUUGGUUGCUGCAUUUGUUGGCUUUUUGGAUUCAUGAACUGGUUCAGUAAAUAACCGUGAAACUAAACUGAGGUAUCAUAAAUCUUAUGCAUCAGUGCUGACAGUAGUUAGAAGCUCCACAGGGCACCUUUAAUCAAUCACUCUUUAUUACAGAGUUAAUCUACAUAAAAUUAUAUAAAAUUAUUUCAAUGGAGGAACAAAAAAAGAUUGAUUAGAAAAAGUAAUUAAAAGUAGUAGUCUUUGUUGACGUUUGAUCAGGAUAAAUAUCACUGUCUCAUAGAAGAGAUUUCUGUUACUGCUUUUCAUGUACAUCAGGGGUGUCAAACAUGAGGCCUGUGGGCUAGGAUUGGCCAAACAAAGAUUCCAAACUGGCCCACUGGGCAGCUUUGGAAAAUGUGAAGAAGGGCAAACAUUUUGGACUCGUAACUGUAUUUUCAUAGGUUUUACAGCUUUGGCUGCAGAUAUGGACAUUCCCCGUGCCGAUUCAUGCUACAUUAAAGUAACUGAUACACAAAAAAAUGUUACGGUCUACCACAGAAAUUUAAUUCUUUUUACAAUGGGUCCACAUAAAAAUUGCAUUUUCUGUGAAUUAACAAAAAUAUUCUGUUUUAUAAUUACAGUCUGGGCAGUGAGCUAUGAGAGCCUUCCUGUAAUUAUACACAUUUAUUAAUUUUCAUUUUAAGCCCAGAGUCAUGCUGACAGAUUUCUGUCGUUUAAUACAGCAGGACUUCCUUAUGAUGUAGAAAAAGAGAUGUGCUUUUGAAACUUGUAUUAAGCUAUUUUAGGGAGUUAACAUCUUUAUACUGACAGAACUGGGAGUUUCAUUGGUCCAGCCCAAAAGAUCAAAGUGGUCUGUAUGUGGCCCACAGUGGGAAAUGAGUUUGACAUUCCUGAUGUACGAUAAGCAGAACUGUUGCUCUAGCUGCCAAAUCUUGGGGCUAUUUCCAACUUUUUGAACCUCUGACCGCCCACAUAACCAUCCACCCAUUUAUAAUAACGAUGACUCCAAACUAUGCGACAGCACGUAAUGUCAAUACCUAAGUUAGGCAGCAAAGCAUUGUUGUUGCAAUCAGUGCUGUUAAUGCACUGUCCUGCUACUGAGUGAAAAUAUCUUGGUGGUAUUUGAGGGUAAUAAAACAUUCAGCUACACAUGUGCAUCCAAAUACUUGCUGUGCACCGCGUGUAGCUGUACUUACCAAUCUCAAAAUGGCAAGUGGGAGAACAGAAAUGCUCGAUUUGAGACACAGAAUGUGAAUGUCCUGAUUAGUAGUGCUUUCUGCUAAUAACGUCUGUAAGAUCUGAGGAAUAUAUGACGGCGGUUUCUCUGUCCUGUCUGACAGUACUAGUAGACAGAGUUACGCAAACAACCGAAGUGGAUAUCAAGAGUUAAUGCCAUGUCAUAUCUGAUGUUAUUAACUUUUGUUAUGUGUGCUGGAUGCGAUAAACAGCAGCUGAAUUCAUUAAAAUGAAGCUGUCGUAAAACGCAGGUAAUGCACUAUAUCCUGUUUUCUAGUGACUGUGAAGCAAAUAUGUGUUCUAGUCACUUUAUGAAAAGUAUUUAAAAACAAAGUUUGCUUUUAAAACAGCAUCAAGUCAAAAUGAAAUGUCUUGGUGUCAAGAGAAAGCAGGAUAGAAAAACAACAUCAGGCCUACUCAUUGCUUCAUUCACCCCCCUUCUCAAGAGAAGAUAAAAACCAUACAUAUGUUGUUGUUGGGUGUUUUUUCAUGUAUACGAUAAUUUCACUUUCAGUGGUGGCAGGGUUUCCUUGUGGUGGUUUAUUUUUCAGAGAUUUGAUUUAUUUCCUGCUUUUUCUGCAGUUCUUGCAGAACACACACACAUACAGUGUGUGUCCUGUGCAGGUUUUGUAUCGUGCACUGUAGAACAGAUGUGACUACAGCUGGAUCAAGAAGUGAGUCUACCUGUGAAGCACAUGUUUACGUAGUGUUUCGAUAUCAAUUCUACAUUUGGAAACUUUGUUUUGGAGUGUGGGAACUGAGGUUCUAAGACUGAGUGAUGCAGCGGUUUUUCAUGAUAUGAACAAUGUGUGGUGACCUUUAAAAUUUCCCUCAGCGUUGUGUUGCAAACUGCAAAAAUGCUAAAUGUAAAUACCUGACAUCUGAAGAUUGAUAUGAAGCUAGAGUGACUUCCAUUUGUCAGUUUCUAAAAUAUGUUUCUGCGAUAUGAUUGGCUGCUUAAUGUGCACAAGCACCGCACAUGUCAUGGCAAUGUUAUCAGCGUAAGUGAAUCUAUGCUGUAGCUUGUAUCACCCAGCUCUAAAUGCUCACUUCUUUCAACUGAUGGGAACAGAAGCCAUGUUUCCUCUGUUUUCAUCAUGUUCUGAAAGUCUCUCUCCUCUCUUUUGUAUUUGGGUUGUUUUUAUGGCAUUUUGGCCUAAAUGAUGGUGUUUGAGUCAGGAAAUAACGGAAAAAGAGUCACUGAUUAUCUGCAGCUGAUCAGAUCCUGGGCUGGAUUUGAUCCUGGGAUAUCAUGUUUGCAUGGGAUGCCCCAUAGAAGUAAAAUGCUAUACACGUUUUCCUAUGGUAGGCAUAUUAAACUAACAAGCCAUCAGAAAACCUUGUUGGCUUGUAAAAAGGUGGAGGAAAUGUAGUAAAACAUACAGUUUCAUAGGGGUAAAUUAUUUGUUUUAGCAAAGUUUACUCCGGCCUGUAAGAACAGUGACUCGCUUCCUGAUGUGGCACGCUCCAGUCCACCAGGUGUUAAAGUGUUUAAUAUAGUGAUCACUUUAAGAGUCAGACGUGCAUCUUAUAGAAAUGAGACUGCAAGUGUUAAACAUCUUCAGUGUGCUUUAACAGUGAAGUUUGCGGUUCAAUCACAGCUCCUCUAACUUGGUUCUUUUUGACAAAGUUAAACAAACUUUACUAUAUUUAAAAGAUUCAGAAGACUCUUUUGUUCCGACUGACUGAUAAGCAAGGAAAGGUUCACACGUAAACAGCGUGCAUCCAUAAACUAAGUAUAAUUUCAGGUUGUACACUGAUAUUGGUGUACUGCAUCUGAACCUGUGGUGAAAUGAGCUAUCACAGUGGAGAAAGCACGGAAGGGUUUAAGAAACUAUCAAUACCUUUCCUGAACCAUGGUGACACUUGUGUACUCUUACUACCUUAAGUUGAAAUCACAUAAUAAUGGUGUGUACAAUUAAUCAAAAUAUUUUACUUCCUGUAGCUUCUGUUUUUGCUCUUAAAAUGUUUCCGAGUUUAAGCAGACUCCAGGACUGUGAUUUGUUCUGUGUAAAUUAGUGAAUGUCAGCUUAACUGUAGUCUUUGCAUCACACGGAAGUGUAGCAGUAUGUGUGUUUCUGUAACGCUUUAAUGGUUAACUAUUUUGUGCCCUCACUGUCUUUGAAAAAGUGCUCGUUAGUACAUUAUAUUUAAGGUGUUCAUGCUGUAUUCUGUUUAAUUGCUAUAUUGCAUAAUUAAAAACUGCAUUACCAAUCAACCAGUGAAUAUUGCUAAUAAAGUGUUUUUCUGAUUCUGAAA